AGUUGAGCUGUAGCUGAAGAAGCGAGUGGUGAGUGGGAGGGAGAGGCCCAGAGGCAGAAGCAGCUUCCGGUGCAGUUUUGGACAUAACUCGUCUCUCCAAGUGUCAGGCAGCAACACAGGCUUGUAACCAGCAAAGAGUUCACUGACCCCGACACCCAGCCGACCCCCCAACUUCUCUACCAUCAGCAAUGUGGAUUCCUACAGUCGUCGUGAUCCUUCUCAGCGUCAGAGGAGCAGAAGCUGCUCUAAAGGAACCUGAGAUCUGCUACAUCCUGGAUGCAAUACUCUUCCUCUAUGGCAUUGUGCUCACUGCUCUCUACUGCCACCUCAAGAUACAGACAAAAAAAGCCCAGAAGAGCAAACCAGCCGGGGCUAUUUAUGAGCACCUAAACUACCCUGAAAAACAGAUCUAUGAGAAGAUUGGUGAAGAGGCCCAGAAAAAAGGAGAGGAGGGCGAGUACACGGGUCUGGAGUCUGUGGAUAAAGGGACGUACGAAACCAUAAAGGGUGAAAGCAAGAAGAACUAAUGCGCUGGCUUUGGGUGCCCCGCCCACUGUAUUCAGCCAAUCAGUCAAUAUUUGCACUUUGCCCCAUUACCCCCGGCACAUAAUGUUUCUCCUGGGCCGUGAGUUACUUACCCUGCCUCCAACUGACCGACCCUGUGGGUACACAAAGCAUUCUGGGAAAUAUCUCAAACACACACCCCCCCAGCUCACCAGCCACUUAAAUAAAGCUAUAGGAACUUAUAUGUAAAACCUGUAAUGACAUCACAGCAUGAUGUCACACCCCCAACUGAUGUCACUGAAAUGACAAAAUACAAUUUCCCCAAUUUAAUUUAGUUGAAGCCCUCGCACCCCGAUACCCCAGCCAAGUGCAGGGGGGUCUAUAUCUCCACGUACAUCACAUAUCCGACAUGUGCCCCCCCUUACUUUAAUGCUGGGAGUGGGGCGAGGGGGUGGGAUACAUUCUCACAGGGGCCCAUCUUAAGGACUUUUUGCUUUGCUUUUUUGUUAAAAUUAGAAAUUGUCAGGAAAUUGAUUUUUUUUUAAAGAUUAAGUAUUUAAUAACUUGCUGAUCAGCCAACUGGCCUGCCAUUAAGCCCCCCAAAACUGCUUAUAUAUAACACCCCGUGUCCCUGUAAUAAGAACCCUCUUCCUUCUCUGCAGAGCUUCACCCCACACCCAUAUUGUACCAAAUAACUGUGUCAUUAAACUGUCCCGAGUCUCAA